GUGGACGUCUAUGGCCUAACAGCCGGCUGGCUGCUUGUCGUACCUCGGGGUACUCUGGAGAAGUUCUGCACAGAGGAGCUUUUAGAGACGUUCCGGUUUGUGGCUCUGGAAAGAUUGCGGAAGCAUUCGGAGAUGGCUACAGGCGCUGCGGAGGAGCCACAGGUCAGCCGUGCCGGCUCCGACACCAGCGACUGCUCCCAAGCUACCCGGAGCGAAAUCUGGAACCCGUAUGCAGAGAUCGGGGAGGACGCGCACCCGCGAGACAAGCUUUCGUCGAGCCAGCAGGAUGCGAAGUCCGAUGCGGGUGCUUCGCGCUUCCGCCGGAGCUUUGACUUGGGUUCGGAUCCGGGCGUGGCUGGCCAGGUCCUGGACAAAG